CAUUUUGUGUUUAUCCAACGCUCCAGUUCAUUCUCAAUACAGACAGAUUCACAAAUCCCACCACCCAGCUCUCGGCAACACGCCAAAACGUCGACGAGCACCCACGCCAUGCGCCUUCAUGCUCUGACACGUUGCUUGUUCUCGGCCUUGAUGUUCUUGGCCGCUUCCACGAGUUUUCUCCCUCCUCGCAGAUCUCUCGUUGAUGAAAUCCACUCCCAAAUGGAUAAAACAGAGGAUUUAUCAAGGAAGAGAAUCAAAUCUGAAGAGAAUGCGAGUGAGGAUUCAGUACUCAAUGUUGAAUUAUUGUGCUUAGAUGCUCAUUUUUUCAAUAAAACCGAGAUGCUGGAUAUGGCAGAGGGAGCAAAAAAGUUUAAUGUGCCUAUGUUUAGGGUGAACCGUAGGCUUGUCGCAUCGGCUGAUGGGGGGUUGAGUAAUCCAUCAGUUUUAGUAUUCAAUUCAUCAUGGAGCAACUUUGAGAAGUCUCAUGAAAAUGAGAAAUUUAAGUAUCCUUCUCUUCAAGAUGUAAAGAGGCCAAUAAAAGAAGAUGAUAUAGCCUACAUGACUGUACUUGAACUGGCAGCAUUGAUUAAGACAAAGCAAAUCACGUCUCUUGAGCUUAUGGAUAUUUUUCUUAGAAGAUUGAAGAAGUACAAUGAUAUCCUUGAAGCUGUGAUCACUUUUACCGAAGAUUUGGCUUAUAGUCAGGCAAAGGAAGCUGAUGAGUUGAUUAAAAAAGGAGUAUAUUUAGGCCCUCUUCAUGGAAUUCCUUACGGACUGAAAGAUAUUAUUGCGGUGCCACAUUAUAAGACUACUUGGGGUUCAAAGACAUUCAAAGAUCAAUAUCUCAACAUUGAAGCCUGGGUUUAUAAAAGGCUAAAGUCUUCGGGAGCUGUUCUACUAGCUAAGCUUGUCUCAGGAUCACUGGCCUAUGAUGAUAUUUGGUUUGGAGGAAGGACUAGAAACCCUUGGAACAUUAAGGAAUUUUCUACUGGUUCAUCAGCGGGACCUGCUGCCAGUACCUCUGCAGGUCUAGUUCCAUUUGCAAUUGGCUCAGAAACAGCUGGUUCCAUGACUUACCCUGCUGCUCGUUGCGGCAUAACUUGCUUGCGUCCUACUUUUGGGACUGUUGGCCGGAGUGGUGUCAUGAGUAUAUCUGAGAGUCUGGAUAAGCUUGGCCCUUUCUGUAGAAGUGCUGUGGACUGCGCAAUUGUUAUUGAUGCUGUAAGGGGUAAGGACCCAGAUGAUCUCUCGUCCAGAGUCAUCUUUAUCAAGGACCCAUUUUCAAUUGAUGUCAGCAAACUUACUGUUGGGUACCUCGAAGAUGCGGAAAUGGAGGUUGUUGAUGUUCUUAAAUCCAAGGGUGUUAAAGUUGUUCCUUUCAAGCUGAAUUACACAGUAGAAUCAGUUCAGGCUAUCCUCAAUUUUACUAUGGACGUCGAUAUGCUAGCUCACUUUGACCAUUGGCAACGAUCUGGAGAAGACAGGCAGUAUGAAGCUCAAGAUCAGUGGCCAGAGGAACUCCGUCGUGCCAGACUGAUACCAGCAGUAGACUAUUUACAGGCACAAAGGGCACGAGGAAAAUUAAUCCGAGAAAUCCGUGAGAGCUUCACAGUGGAUGCAUUUAUUGGCAAUGCAACUGACUGGGAAUUGGUUUGCCUUGGAAAUCUUGUUGGCAUGCCCAUUGUAGUUGUUCCAACAGGCUUCAAAAGCAUUGAAGACCCACCGAAGGGUGGUACUCGAAGAAGAACCACUGUCACAACUGGCAUAUAUGCGCCUCCGGACCAUGACCACAUUGCUUUAGCGUUGGCAAUGACAUACCAAUCUGUGACCAAUCAUCACAGGCAGCGUCCACCUAUAGAUGAUCUUGGACCAAAUGAUAAGGUUUCAAUUCCCAGCAAAACUACUUAAAACUCUCUUCUUUACAGACAAGAUUCAGUGCUGGAUUGUGGAUUCCAGGUUGCAGCAGCAGCCAAACAUGGCAUCUGUCCCAGUGGCGCCAAGAUGGCUGAAAGGGAAGGUGAAAGCCGUUCCUUCAGGGGAUAACUUAGUGAUAAUGAGGGUGUCAAAAUCAGAGUUCCUGCCUGAAAAAAACACUAACUGUAUCUUAUUUAGUUGCUCCUAGACUGGUAAAUUUAUCUUUGAAGAAGCAGUCGUUCAGAAGAUCUGUUUGCAUUUAUUUGCAAUGAAUUAUAACUGGCAUCAUUGUGACUUGCACUAUGUAUCAAUCAAAGUGAGGGAGAAAAUCUCUUUGCAUGCACGGGUGAAGUUCUCAACCUCAAAGAAGAAACAAAAUCAAUAGAUGUUGUGUUUGUGGGUUUCUUCUGCAGCAGAGACAUAUGCGUUGUGUUAUUUGUUUAAUUUAUCUUUUAUUUUUUUUAUGUGACUUAUAGGACUUUGAGACUUCUGGCUGUUAUUAACUCUUUUUUGGCA